AAAAUGAAACUGAAAGUUGCACUAUAUUCAUUAUUCAUAACAUUGCUGGCCACUGACUUGUUAGAAGUUGUCUUAAAAUGGGAAAGAUUUACCAGAUCGCGGUGGUUGGAAUAAAGGGAGAGAAAAAGACAGUCGAUGUUGCGAAUUCACUGGAAGAAUUCAACAAUACAACUGUUUUGGAAUUCAAAAAGAAACUUGCGGCAAAAUUGCCGGGUCAAGCAGGAGAUGAUCUAUCGUCUCUGAGACUUCUGUAUACAGAUAAACAGCUAGAAGACAAUGAAACGUUUUCAGAUCACCAAAUUGAGGACCACUCCACUCUGUUCGUCGUCUUACGUCUUCCCGGAGGAUUCUAAAUCAUGCUAAAAUGCUAAGACGGGGAUUUUUGGUCUAAAAAGACUGAAACAUCUCGUCAAAAUGUAACCUUUUUACCAGAAUAUUUUUUCACCACUAGGCUACUUUUGCUGUCGGUAAAUUUGGUUUCACAAGUAGCUUUGACUUUUUGUAAAUGAAACACUUACUGUGUCACCUGUGUAUAUGAUCUAUUGACACAGAUGAUCAUAAUUCUGCAUUUGUAUAGCCUAAUUCUGCAUAUCAUGUUGAAGAUCAAAAUCAUAGCGAGAUAUUAUUAUAAAUGUAACAGUCUUAAGACUGGUUUGACUGGAAGGAAGCUGGCUCAGUUUUUUUUAUUUUCUGUCUUUGAUUGUUAUAGCUUCAGUUGACUAUAUGGUAGCCUAAUGUUUUCUUAAAACUCAAGGGAUGACAGUAGUUCACUGUAAUAAAAUGGUAAACAAAAUGAU